AUGCUCAAGGGUACUCAGCCACCUAUCUGGUAAACUCCAGGCAGACUCUAAUACUAUAAGGCAGAAAUGGAACCUUAUCUUCCAGACGAGAUCAAGUGGCAAAUCAGAAUGCCAAACAGAAUCGCUAUGAGAGAACUCAAGAACACCUACCUUGAUUAGAUUCAGCAAGAGACUCACAAGUUCGUGCAAGAAAAAAUUAAGCACAAUCUUUUGAACCCAUCUAAAGGUUUAUCUCUAGAUUUAUCAGUCAAAGAAGCAGAGAUUCUCAUGAGUGCCAACAGAAGUGUUAGGGACCUAGCUGAUAAGGGUGAGUUACAAAAGAUCCACAAGAGAUUCAAUGAUUUGCAUGAAAGAAUUGAGAUCGAUUAUCAAAAUGUUAGAAACAGCAUUGGACAAGUUCUUUUGCAAAUCGAGGAAAAAGAGAAUUAAAUUGUAGAUUAAUUGAGAGAAUUGGGAGUCUAAAAGCUUCGCAGACAUGAUGGCCAUUUCGAUGAUCCAAAGUUCUUCGAUGCAAUGGGACUUUCAUUUGGUCACCCUUCAUUCAACAACCUCAUCAUGGUCGAGACAGCAAUCCAAAACGGACAUCCAAACGCUGAGCAACUCAAGCCAAUCCAAGCAAAGCUCCAUGCUUACAUGGGACUUCAAGCUAGAUAUUUCGAAAUCAAGGUCGAAUUGAGAGAGGAAUAUGUAAAGAAGGUAGCCAAGGGUGAUCCAUACGCUCUUGAGGAGUUAAAGAAACUUACCAAUCACAGAGACAGAUUCCAAGGAAACUAUAACAGAUACCAACCACUAGGUGACCCAGAGUAUCAAGUAUAUAUCAACAUUCUUGGAGAGAUCUAUAACACUAAGAUUAGAAAGGUCAUUGAGGACUUCACUGAAUACGAGAAAGCCUACAAUGAGAGGGAAAGAGUCUAUCACCACUUCAUGAGUGAGCAAACAAAUGAAGCUCUAACUACCUUCAAAGAAGAGCUCCUAUAACAUCUUGCUGGUAGCAUUGUAGUAAAGGAGCACAGAGAGAGAUAUCAAAAGGAGCAAUUCGAUAGAUUUUUAUCCUCAAUGGCUGACUUGAAUCUCUAGAAGAACAACUAAACUCUUUAGUAAUUCUGUAGCGAGUACUCUAGAUUGAUUGAGCACAAUAUAUUCCUUUCACACAACUGCAGCUCCCCACACAUUGAAGCAAACUACGAUGACUACCAAGAGAGAACUGUCAGACCACUAAAUGCCACUAUUUUCUACUACUUCUUUACUGGAGACAGAAGAAGCAGAACCAUCGCACAAUGGAUGCUGAGUGCCAUUAGAUAUCCAAAUGAUAAAGUAAGAAGAGCUUACAUGAGAUUCUUUGCUUGA